GAAGCGGAGUCCACCCUGAACGCAUCCAAGCGUUAUGGCGAAGCACCUGAAGCGUAACCUUCCAUGAGGCGUGCCUAGCAGGGGCGCGCUUACCAAAACCUAAAAGUCGAAAUCCGUAAGCCCUCUCUCUAGAUCCUCCUUCUCUGCAGGCGGUUCAAUGACAAUGAGUUGAGAAGCAGUGGCAAUGCCGUUCAGGUCACCACUUGCAAUGAGUACCAGCGCGAGGUCCGUCUACCAGUGGAUCGCCGGCGAGCAGUUCGCUCGCGUUUUUACUGUCGACAAGGUGAAAUAUCCGUGAUUUUGGGUCUACCAGCAGGCUAUGCUCGAACACUGGAUAAACAUAUCCAAGUUAUUGGUGUCUGAAAAUCCAGUUCCAAAAGUGGGACCUGGAGGGAUCCGACUUUUUCACCUCAGGGAGGGACCUCUGGCUCCAAGAUUUUGGUCCCCAUUCUCUCUCUGCUUCUUGAUGUAGUAGGUCAUUGUGAAGGAAGGAUUGGUGGUACUUCUUCAUCUGCAAGUCACUCACGUCUACCUCAUUGUCUAUCAUUAUCAUCUGCACCCUUCUCCUGUUGACUUCUGUUGGUAUUCCUUUUGUUGGGGAUUUGAAGAAAGAUACACUGUCAAGGUCUGUCUCUCUCCUUGAGCUUCACCAUGCACCGAGUUUGUAGGACGCUCUUGAAGCUCAAGAAAAUUUGUCCACCACGGCAGUCACCUUCAUCUGACCUGAAUGAUUUCAAGAGGUGGGUUUCUCUUGGUCUGCCAAGAGGUUCAAGAUUUGCCACUGGCUUCACGCCUCUUCAAUUCAAGCCAUUGGACUCCAUCAUUGACACCCAGAGGGUCAGCCAGUACAGUGCUGAAGAGCUGGUCAAGAUAUGGGAUGAUUACCACUUGGGAAGAGGUCAUGUAAGUGCUUCUGUGGACCAAAAACUAUAUCAUUUACUGGACCAACGGGCUAUCACUUGUCAGCACUUUGUAAUUCCUUUACCAAGGGGGAGUGGCUAUACAACAAUAUUUAGCCAAGCUAAAAUGCCACACAUACUUUUCACUGGGCUUGAAGACUACAAGGCAAGAGGGACACAGGCUGCUCCUUAUUUUACUGUAACUUACUAUAAGGAAUUCGCAGAGACAAAAGGUGUGGUUCUUGUUCGCGGGGACAUUGUAUUCACUAGCAAGCUAAGUGACUCAGAAGCACGGUGGCUUUUGGAGACAACCCACUCUUUUUAUAUGAAUGAUACAAGGUACAAGUUAGUUGAACGCUUUAAUAGGGAAACCCGUGAUUUUGAAUUCGAAGAUGUGUUGAGCUCGCUUGGCAUAUCUGCUGGUUGAAGCUGCAAUUGCUCAUUAAUAUCCAAGUACCAUCUGGUUAGCUGAAAUUUUGAUGUGGAAUAAUAUUGUCAAUAAUUCUAGUGACUCACAGAUUUUAUAUUCUGGGAUUAUUCUGUUAUGGGCACAGGCUCUAAGAGCCAAAUUCUCCGGACUUUUCUAUAAGAGGAUUGCAGUUGGAUAAUCAAUCAACAGUUUGAUGGUUGCAUCAUCCACCAUGUUGUUCCAGGUUCGAGUAAGGCAAAAUUUGGGAGCUUUUGAACUUGGGACUUGGAGUUCUUUUAAGCUUUCUGUUGCAUAUGGUAUCUCCAUUCCGUUCUGUCAUUGUCAAUGGCUUAACAGAGACCGUAUCAGUUGGAAGAUUGUUGUCCACUGCUCAGCGUUUCUACCUCUGACAUGAUCUUCUGAAUAAGAAA